GUUGUGUCGGCUUAUCAUCGUCACCAGUGAUUGUUUUUUAGUAAUUUUCGUGGCAGACAAGUGUUGUUUUAUCUCAAAUUGCCUCGCAAGAAGUCUGGUCGUCGACGGGAAGCAACUUCUCGCAAUAUUAAAAGGCUAUAAUGUUGAGGCUGGAGAUGAAUUUAUACAUUGGUGCCAUCUGAAGAAAUCUUGAAGAGGAGGACCCCAAAGCAGAUGGGGGAAGAGGAGUCAACAAUGGUGCAGUCACUAAGAUUUCAGGUGUUGAAUUACGAAACAGUUUACAGAGCUUAUGUGAAGACCGUAACGGAUAAAAUCAGAGGGCAGUACAAGCAAUUACAGUUUAAGAUAAUAUCGUUACCGGUAAAGAACCUAGGAUGUGCCUAAUUAUUUAGGAAAAACGGCAUGUGGUGACCUCUGGUAGCCUAGUAGCUGGAAAAAACUUUUAAGUUGUGGAAAAUUGUUUUGAUGUUAGUACCAAUAUUUUGGAUGCAAGUGUGAAGAGCCAGAUAUGUUUAUUGCAGUGAUUUUAUAUUAGAGGGAAUAAUAUCUCGGAAAAAAGAAGAGGGGACCAGUUGCCAUCCUAAGCUUUUUAAGAAUGCUUUGACGUCCUUCAGGGUGGAGGUGAUGAUGCAGUCCGAAUUUCGCCAGGCAACUUUUCAUUUUGCUUUAAGAUGGAGACAUUGGAUCAUCAGUCGUCAGUCAGCGACGCUUCCAGAGCGAGCAACGCUCUGACAGUCCAACCUUUCGCCACAAGGGGUGGGCGACUUUCCGCGUCUUCCUCGGCCACUUCAAAAUCCCGGAAAUCUUCGAGAAUUGAACUUGUCAAGAUGCCCGCCGGGGAAACGAUGCUCCUGGAGGUCAACAAGCAAAAGGACGACGUCAUCUCCUUCGUCAGUAUGCAGGCAGACAGCAUCACGGGGUCGGCGACCAUAGGAGGGAUAUCUGUGCAGCCAGACACGAAGCACUUUGACAGAAUCAUCAAGAAUGAAAUGGCCCACCACAGUCGAGAGAUAGGCGACGACAACAAGGACAAGACAGCGGAUUCCGAGACCAAUUCCGAAGCUGCUGGAACCGGAUCCAGCAAGGACGAGGAACCUAUUCUCAAAUACGUGAUAAUGAACGUUCUGCACCAGUUUUACCUCGCCACUACCUCGCCAGCCAUCUUCAGGACGCCCGCCCUCGCUUACAAAUGGAGUGGGAAAGACUCUGGAUCGGGGUUCUUCCUGAUCUACUCGUUCGUGAUUGUACUGGUGGCCAUACCCAUGUGCGUUCUAGAGGAGAUUAUGGCCCAGUACUCUUCGCUGGGCACCAUAACGCUAUUCAGGUGUCUUCCUCUGCUCAAAGGCAUCGGCGUAGGCAUGGUAGCCGCAUGCUUCAUCCUGAUGCUGUAUAGUGGAACGGUGUUCUGUUGGUCCAUUCUGUACUUCUUCGACUGUUUCCAAAAAGAGCUUCCUUGGACGCACUGUCUUCACAAUGUCAGUCAAUGCAGUGAAGUGGAUACCAUCAACAGGACAAGUUUCGAAAACGUCAUGAUUCCGAGCGAAUAUUAUUUUCUAACGAAAAUCCUCGGGGCAUUCAAAGUAGAUGAGGGAAACGUUCUAGGACUGGAACUGAGCAUCAGCCUCUUGUUCCUGUGGCUUGGUAUCCUCUUCUUGCUGAUGCUGGGAGAUCCCUGGGGAACUAGUAUGACCUCCAAAGUUAUUGCCCUUGUGCAUCUGUCACUGCUCUUUGCCAUAAUGAUCAUUGGUCUCCCCCUGACGAAUAGCGGGAUGGGCCUCAAUAUGGUGCUACACAUCGAUUUCGACGACUUUGCAGAACCGAGCAUAUGGAUGGAUGCUCUAGGCCAGGUGGCAUGGACUCUGGGACCAACCCUGGGACUCUUGAUUGCGCGGGCAAGUUACAAGAGCUUCAAUGAUAGAAUAAAGCUGGACGUGUAUUCAGCUGUGAUCACAAACAUCCUCGUGUCCCUGAUUGUGUUAAUCGCCUUGACCCCUUACCACGGACACCUGGACAGCCAAGGAAACGUCGACAAAAACCCUGGGUACUUCUUCGUCAUAUCCUCUUUCGCCCUGACGAAGCUGCCGGUGCCUCAGCUGGGAGCCGCCGUUCUUUACCUGAUUGUCUGCAAAUCAGCCCUCGAGAACACCUUCAUGCUGGCCUCGACCGUCGUCAUCAGCGUGUCGGAUCUUCUGCCUUCAAAAUGGAGGACGGGAGGUCGCAAGUUCUUGUGCCAGUGCGUCAUCUGCCUCUUGGGGUUGGCUUGUGGAUUACCUUUCGUGAUGACGGAAGGUCUAUAUCUCUUGAGAGUUGUGGACACUUAUGUUCCUGGGAUUAGUGCCAUUUCAUUGGGCUUCGCCGAGGUCUGCGGAUUGGCCUACAUCUACGGCUCGACUCAUAUCUGCAACCACUUCAAAAUAAUGAUUCGAAAAUCGAUCAUAUUCUUCGAGUAUUUCUGGAAACUUCUGGUUCCCGCUUUUCUUCUGGCAUUGGCGGUGUGGGCUCCAGUGGAUGGCAUCAACUGGGAUUCCUAUUGGCACAACUGGACUCACAUCCUCAUUCCACCUUCCAGGGAGGAAAUGUAUAACACCUUAGGCGUUGUUCUGGGUCUCAUACCACCGGGACUGGCCAUACUGUGCACGAUUGCGCAGAUAUUUUCGUAUAGGAAGAACCUGAAAGCCCUCGUUACACCCGAAGAGACUUGGGGUCCUGCACUUUACCAACAUCGCGCACGCUACACUGCUGGCAUACGACGAGCGAAGUGCAAGGCUCCUUACCUUGUUGUUGAGGUAAAGGACGAGGUUUUAGAAGGAAAGCCUUACAAGGGAUGGAUUCCUUACGGCUUUUUCUUGGCGCCCUCAAAGUUCACGACACUCUGCACGGCGGAGGGUUUCAUUCCGACCGAUAUCGAGACAAAAGUUAAAAUUGCUCACCAUUUGCAGGAGCAGUUCGGUUGUUCCUACGGGCUUGAGGACAAGGUAGACGGCUGUGAAGAUUACACGGGUCUGGAUCUGUUGCAGAGAAUGAUUUCGGACAGCAAAAAGGCCCUGGCUCUCAUGAACGACGAUCAGAAGUCCCAGAGUGGAGAGAGAAGUCCCGCUCUUUCAAACCUAUCGACGGGAAUUCUGUUGAACCCCAACAGCACCUCCGAAAAUUUAACCACCUCGGUCGAACCCCCCCGAGUUGUUCAAGGUAUUGACAAUUUGGCUUUCCAGAGGUGAAAGAGGCCGGUAAAUGUUAUUAAAAUAUACCAUAUUGUACGCUAGGUGUCGCGAUAGUUAUUAUACCGGUCCCGUUGAUGGGUAAUAUAUUUGGCCAGUACAAAGUUAUUGGUUUUUAUAGCUCGGACACUUGAGCAUAGAAAUGCUGAAGAGAAUUAACAGUUACUAUGUUGGUAGGCUUCGUAUUCCAAGCGGUAUUUGCAAGAAAUGAAGAAAUUAUAUGCUUGAAUGCAAUAGUCUACAGUUCGUGGAGCUAGGAAAUAAAUGAAGUCACAUUAUAAGAACUUUGAAUGCGGUACAACAAAGCACGUAUAACGCGAACCCAGAAAAAUUAAUUGAGGUUCUAUCCUUUAAUGAAAAAUGGCAUGUCUACACGAAAGACAGGUAAGGGUCUUUCAUUUAAAAUGCACAAGUGCUUUCUGUGUUACUGUAAAACAAAUCAAACUGAUAACAAUUAGUUUUUAGAGUGAAUCGUUUUUUAUAUAUGUCAAAUGUAGAAGAUAUACGACUAAUAAAAAAUACAAAUUAUG